UUGGGUCCACUCGUCACGGCGGCCACUGAUUGGCCUAUAGAAGUUGCUUUGGUUUGCGUAGUAAUGCUGUAAAGUCUCACAGUCGACAUUCGGUUUGAUAUGCAGUCAAGUAUUCUCAACAGACAGGAUAAGGUUGCAUGAUAUUUCAGUUUCCUCAAGAUGAUGUAAGUGCCGAAGAAUAAUGGCUUCCCUGAAAUGUUAUGGUUAUAUAUCAGAAUUGAAGAGCAACAUGAAGUGAGGUUAUAGUGUACUGCCUAUCUACCAACAUGGUAAAUAAAUGGAUGGAUGAAGCCUUAGAUCUGGCAACUGAAGCUCUGAAGGCAGGGGAAGUUCCUGUAGGAUGUGUUUUUAUAUACAAUGGCGAUGUUAUUGCUAAAGGCCGUAAUACAGUGAAUGAAACUCGCAAUGCUACAAGACAUGCAGAGCUGAAUUGCAUGGACCAGACAGCGGAAUGGUGUAUGGAAAAUGUCCAUGACUUUGCUACAGUCAUGUCUGCCGUGCAGAAAGUGUACCAGGUGGACAGAUUCAUCAGUGCAUGUGUGCUCAGUAUGGAGACAAUGCUGUCUUAUAGAGUUCUGUAUGAGUGGACUGAAAUGUUUAAAAAUGGCAUUAUGAUUGUGACUGAUGCAGAGCGCUCAGGUCGUCCAACCACAGCCACAACCUUACAGAAUGAAAAAAGAGCUAGGGAACUUAUUCUUCAAAACAGAAGAGUGACAGUCGUUGAAAUUGCAAAACAAUUGAAUAUCCGCAUUUGUCUGCCUAUUCUGUGGUGCAUGAUAACCUUCAGUUACAUAAAGUGUGUGUGCCAGAGAGAGUGUCAGAGGGCGUCCUUUUGUUGCACAAUAGUUCCCAUUCCCAUACUGUGGCCUGCACAUUGGAAACCCUCAGGAAAUUGAGAUGGGAAGUCAUGGAACAUCCAGCUCACAGUCCAGAUUUGGAGCCAUCUGAUUUUCGCGUUUUUGGACGCUUAAAGGAGCUAUACUAGGGAGAAGAUUUUGAUGUGAGGAACACAGUGCAUCAGCGGCUAUAUAUGCAACCAAAGACUUUCUAUUAUGAUGACAUUAAGAAGUUAGUGGGACGUUGGGAAAAUGCGUUGAAAAGCAGGAUGAUUAUGUGGAAAAAUGAUGUAUUUUGUUUUUGUAACCAUCAAUAAAAUUGAGUUGUAAAA